AUGUCCGCACACGAAUUCCUUCCGCCAGGUCACGGUCAAAACCAAGGAUACUAUGACCCGAAUUACAUGUACGUUUCACGUGAAGAAAGAUGCACAUGUUUGUGCACUUAUAACUGAGCCUGACGUGAUGUUAUGCAAGUUAUAUUCACAUGUAUGCUUUUAAGUCUCCUAAAAGGGAAUUCUUUCGUAGAUUAAUCAGAUGCCUAACACGCUUUCUAUCACUUAUGCGCGUCUACAACAGGAAUGGUUGGUCACUCUAUGUAGUUGCUUUUAAAUUUUUUCAGGCAGUUUGCUCAGUAUUCCUACCAGGAUCCCAAGGGAUCACAUCUGCCAGCGUUCGGAGCCCCAACACACCCAACCACCUACUUCACUCCCUCAAUGCCUCCACAGGGAAACAUGUCGACAGAUUUCGAUUUUGAGGAUGAACCGCCACUGCUGGAAGGUUUGUUUUGCUAACCUCUUUCACUCUUGGUGACCAAGUGUUUGGACUGUUUUGACUGCGUUGAUAAAAUGUGUCAAAGUAGGAGGUCUUUAACCUGCCAGUUACGUCUCCGUCUUGUAAAUUCCUUCCCUCGUUUUAUUUUUUGUACAGAACUCGGCGUAAAUUUCAAUCACAUUCUCCAGAAGGUAUGUCGCAAAACAUUGCAAAACUAG